UCUGAAGUUGCAGUAUAUUAUAUUAAGUUAUGUUUAAAUAUGGCUUUAUAAUAUGAUAUCUAUAUGAAUUCACAUAACAGCAGAUAAUAUUGAGUUUAAUUACAGAAGUAAUUAUAUAAUAAUUUUGCACGAAAAGUAUGAUUAGGACAUACUGGUUGGCGUGUGAGGUUUUAUGAAAUACGGGAUUAAAACCAAGAUGCGGUACCGUGCUUUUCCUGUUUUACUGAAAGCUAUCGAAUUUUGAUUAUGUAUUACAGCCUGAUGUUGUGAUGAUGUCGGUUCAUUGGAGUUUACAUUAAAUUGGUACAAAUGAAACAAAACAUGAAUAUUAAUAUAUUUUAUCAAACAGGGUGGAAAUUAUACAGGAUGUGAUGAUUCAAAAGUAUUUCAAAAUUUCACGUGGUCAUAGACAAGUAAGAUUCAUAGCAAAAAUAGGCACAAAGCCAUAAACUCAUUAGGAAAGAAAUGAGUUUGCUUGUUUCUGGCAUUGUGCUUCUUUUUGCUAUGAAUCUGACUAGUCUAUGAUAACUUGAAAUUUUAAAAUAGUUUCAAAUUGUCACAUCCUGUAUAAUUUCCUCCUUGUUUGAUAAAAUGUAAUAAAUUUAAUUUUUAGUUCCAUUUGCGCGUGCACACACACACACACACACACACACGACCAAAUUAAGCAACGAAUUUCAUAUAUUAUUAGAAAAUGCAUUAGCAUUGCAUUCAGAUGCAAUGUGCCGACUUGAUGUCCACCAUGCUGCUAAACACCCAGAAAUGGUGUGGCCUGUGUAUACAGUAUGUGUGCCUAAACAUAGUCCUUUACCACAACAGCGUGUCCCAGUGGCAAUUUUCAGCUACAGCCACACAUGAACUACACAGUACAUACAAGUUCUCAUAAUGGGUGAAUGUAAACUAGCUGCUUUAGCUUCACUAGUGAUUCCUGAUAAUGAGAGGAGAAAAAACGAAGAAGACUUUGGACACAACGGUGGAUUAAAUGGUGCAGUGCUCAGACAGGAACAUCGAAUAUGCAGUACAGUAAGCUGAGGUUUGAAGAUCCAGAUUCAUUUCUGAAUUUUACACGAAUAGGUACGGAAGUUUUCAUGAAAUUACUCCGUAUUAUAGAAAACGAUGUCUGUAGGCAAUAUGUAAACAUGAGGGAUUCGAUGAAGCAAAGAGAUAGACUCGCAGUAACAUUAAGAUUUCUGGCCACUGAUGAAACAUUCCAGGCACUGGUCUAUUCUGCUAGAAUUACACCCAACACCCCAUCACUGAUAAUACGUGAUACACUUCAAGCCGGUUUGAAUAAUUUCAGAGAUGAGAGUGUAAAGGUUUCAGCAUCAGUUAGUGAGUGGGUAAAUGUUGCCCAUUCAUUUAAUGUGUUGUUGCAGUUCUCUCGUUGCGUUGGUGUUAUUCAUGGGAAAAAAGUUACUUUCAUGGCACCGAGGUCAGAAGGUGCCUGUUUCAGUUAUUAUAAAGGGAACAACAGCAUUACGCUACUUGCAAUUUAUAUAUUGGCAGAAGCAUAGAAUUGUAACAAACUGAAUUUGCCAGCACCAGAGAAGACUGAGUGUUUUAGUGUUUCAGAACUGCCAUAUGAACUGUCACUGAUGAUGUACUGAUGAUGUGUUUGUAUUGGAAGAGUACAUGAUAUAAUAUCAUGAAAGAGAUAUCUUAAAAGAGAAGAGCGUUUUCAGUUACAGACUGAGCAGGGCUCGAAGAAUGGUUGAGAAUGCUUUUGUCUUGAUGUCAAAUAAGUUUGGUGUUCCGCUCGGUCCAUUUCAGCUUGCUCUGAAGAAGGUGGAAGCUGUGUAAGUCUGCUGUGUCCUUGACAAUUUCAUUCAGAAAUAAAACUCCUGUUGGUACAUUCCAACUGAAAUAAGCAACUGUUUAUUGAUGUCCAAAAUGGAAGGAAUCCAACAGUAAAUUCAGUAAGAAUUAGGGGUGAUUUCAGGAAUUAUUUCAACACAGUUAGUGCUAUGGCUCUGCAACAGGAGAGUGUGGAUGUGAGGAGACUGAAUUCUGAGAAACUAAAUCACCUUCUACAAGGCAGAUGUUCAAACAAUGUUAACUAGUAAUGAAAGCCCAUUGCUGG